AUGGCAGAGGAAGUGGAGGAAGAAAAAAACAGUAGUGAGGAAGAAGUGGAAGUGGAUGAAGUGGAAGUGCAAAUCAAUAGUGAGGAGAGUGAUGAAGAUAACAGGGUUGAAGAUAUUAGGAGGGGGUUGUCUGAUGAUGAUUCUGAGGCAGAAGAGCUGUUAACUCCAGAAAAUAGUGAUAGUGAGGAGGAUGACAAUCAAUACAAACCAAGUCGAUGUCCGUUUCCUACAUUUGGAAAGAAAAAGUCCAUGGUAGAUUACAAAUGGGAAGUUGGUACUAUUUUUAAUGAUAAGGAGGACUUUAAGGAAGCAAUUAGAAACUAUGUUAUUCAUACUGGGAGGGAUCUUAAGUUUGUAAAGAAUGAUAAGCGUAGGGUUCGGGUGAGAUGCAUGGGUGUGCAAAAAAAGUGCCCAUGGGUUGCUUACUUAGGAUAUUUGCCAUCAAGAAAGGUUUGGCAGUUAAGGAAGGUUCUUGAUACCCAUGCUUGCAGUAGACAACUAAACAUUAAAAUGAUGAAUAGUAAGUGGUUGAGUCAUGAAGUAGAUAAGGUGUUGCAUGAUAAUCCAACUAUAAAGGUACAAGAUAUACGUAAUAAAGCAUUAAGGAAAUGGAACACCAAGGUAUCAAUUUCCAAAGCAAGAAGGGCCAAGUUAAUGGCUACAAAUGAAUGUGAAGGAGAUUUUAAAGAACAAUUUAGAAGGCUUCAUGACUACGGGCAUGAGGUGUUGAGAACUAACCCAGGGUCAACUGUUAAGAUUAAAGUGAACAGUGAUAGUGGUGAGGCCAUCUUUGAAAGAAUUUACGUGUGUCUAAAUGCAUACCUUGGUGGUAAUGAAAUAUGUCGAGCAUGCACGUGGAUGUCUGACCAACAAAAGGGGUUGGUACAUGCUAUUGAAGAGCUUUUGCCUAAGGCAGAACAAAUAUUCUGCAUCAGGCAUCUAUAUGCUAACUUCAGAAAGCAGUUUAGUGGUCAUAUAUUGAAGAAUUUGAUGUGGAGUGCUGCAACAAGCACGUACCCCCAGGCUUGGGAGAGAGAGAUGCUGAAAAUGAGAGCAGUGAAUGAGGAAGCUUAUAAAUACCUCAUAGCUAUUUCCCCAAGGUUUUGGUCAAGAUCUAGAUUCACAGCUCAAGCAAGUUGUGAUAGUCUAGAUAACAACAUCUGUGAAGGUUUCAACAGUGUCCUUAUUCAUGCUAGAGGAAAACCAAUAAUCACAUUGCUGGAAGAUAUCAGACUCUAUUUGAUGAAAAUGUGGGCCACCAACAGAAUGAAGGUGACAUGUAUGGAUUUCAAUGUUUGUCCAAAGAUCAAGAAGAGACUAUCAAAGGAAUGUCAAUUGUCUAGAUAUUGGAUUCCAAGCUGGUCUGCAAGACGAAUUUUUGAGGUUAGGCAUGUUUCAACUGUUGGGAACAAGUUCACAGUGGACUUGGAUACUCAUGAAUGUAGCUGCAGGAAGUGGAUGAUCAGUGGCAUCCCAUGUUGCAAUGCAGUAGCAACGAUGCACUACAUAAAUUUAGACCCAGACAAUUUUAUACCAACCUGGUUCUUGAAAUCCACAUACGAAGAGACAUAUGCAUCCAUCAUUUAUCCAGUGAAUGACCACCUCCUAUGGGAAAAAACAAGCUUCCCAGAUAUAAUGCCACCAGUUAAGAGGAAGAUGCCUGGGAGGCCAAAGAAGAAAAGAAGAUUGGAGCCAUGGGAGCUAACCAAGGAUGGGACUCAGAUAAGUGUUGGUGGGCAUAGAAAGAAAUGUAGCAUCUGUCGUCAAUUGGGGCACAACAAAAAAAUAUGCCCUCUACGUUCACCCAUCAUAGAACCAACAGAAAGUGACCAACCUACCCAGCCACAAGAACCAGCAAGUGACCAACCUCCUCAGCCACCAGUACCAACACAAGAUUCGAUCACAGAACCAACUCCACCAAUACCAAGGACAAAAUUAACUAUUAGAAGAAAAGUUGUAUAG